AACUUUGAUAAGUAAAUAACCCACGCAAAAACCACGAAUCAAUUGAUUCAUAACUAUAUAUCCCAUAUUAAAAUUUUCCACACACAGGUCCUUCUUGAUCCGAGCUAUUACUUAUUCAUAGAUAGAUACUUAAAUAUAUAAAUAGUUAGAAUUACAAAUAUUUUACAAAAUGAACAGUCUACAUAUUUGGGCGUUUUUUAUAUUUUUAAUUACGACACUAAAUAUAAUUGAAGGUGCAAACUUGAAAAGAUCCCGAGAAUUUGAGGACAAGGAAAAAGGAAAUACAUCUGCAUCAAUAUUGAAUGAUAAAUUUUGGAGAAAUGACAAUGUAAAACAAAGUGAACUGCUAAAUGAUGCACAGGAAGUAAUGCUUCAAACUAUAACGACAGACCUACCUACCUCAGCUUCAUCGACAGAGGAACCCGAGGAACCCACAAGUAGUCCUACCACAGUGUCAGAAGACCCCACUAGCAGUCCAACUACAAUAACGGAAGACCCCACUAGCAGUCCAACUACAAUAACGGAAGACCCCACUAGCAGUCCAACUACAGUAACGGAAGACCCCACUAGCAGUCCAACUACAGUAACGGAAGACCCCACUAGCAGUCCAACUACAGUGACGGAAGACCCCACGAGUAACCCAACUACAGUAACGGAAGACCCCACUAGCAGUCCAACUACAGUGACGGAAGACCCCACCAGUAGUCCAACUACAGUGACGGAAGACCCCACGAGUAACCCAACUACAGUAACAGAGGACCCCACGAGUAACCCAACUACAGUAACAGAAGACCCCACCAGUAGUCCAACUACAGUGACGGAAGACCCCACGAGUAACCCAACUACAGUAACAGAGGACCCCACGAGUAACCCAACUACAGUAACAGAAGACCCCACGAGUAACCCAACUACAGUGACAGAAGACCCCACCAGUCCAACUACAGUAACAGAAGACCUCACCAGUCCAACUACAGAGACUGAGGAACCCAGCACAAGCCCUGCAAGUUCCACUGCAACUACUGAAGAACCUGAGACGGAGCCUACAAUGUCUACAACUGUUUCAACAAUUUCGCCUACAAUUACUUCACCAACUACCUCAUCACCUACCGCCUCUUCUACCUCGUCAACUUCAACAACGGAUACAACUACUGAUUUGAGUACCACGCCCAUUAGCACACUACCAGUGUCUUCAUCAACUUCUACAAUUUCACCUUCAUCAAACCCCACGACCUUGACCUCACCAUCUUCAUCAAACCCCACGACCUUGACCUCAACUCCAACUCCAUCUUCAUCAGUCCCCACGACCUUGCAACCUUCCAGUACAACAUCACGAAGACCACCCCGUUCUAGCACCACUCCAAGAACAACUACAACAAAUUUUCCUACGGUUUCUAAUAUCCCCACAACUACGUUUCACUAUUCCGGGGCUCCUCCCACAGCAUCUUUUAAAUGCUAUUAUUUAUUGGCAUUUUUCACUCUCUUAUUCUGCCUAUGAUAAAGUGCUAAAAUUCAAUUAUAUAAAACUUCAAUGACGAUAAACUUUUACAAAAUGUAUAUGAGGUUUCAUAAUUUUGUAAAUUAAAACUUUUGCGAAAAUUA